AUGUCCAUUAACAUACUACCGAAAUGCGCAAAAUUUAAAAAUAUCAAAACCCUACAGAGCUGGAAUUUUUAUAGAUUAAUUUCAGAUUCAGUAGUUUUCACAGCAGUCGAUAGAUCACCAUCCAUCCCACUUGGUCAAACAAAUCCAUUAAAACAGGGGAAAUUAAGAGUUCAAUUACUCAAAAGUCCAUCACAUCUAGGUCAUUCUACAAGUCGAGUGAAUCGAGCUUAUAAUGAAGAUAAAUAUAGUGCUAAAGUUUUAACAAUUAAUGAUAAAGAAAUUUUAAAUUUUAAUAUAUUUGAUGGACACGGAGGUGAUGAAUGUAGUAUUUAUUUAACUGAAAAUUUAGCAGAAAAUGUUGAAAACGGUGAUAACCUAAUUAAAACCAAAAAGGCAAGAGAAGAUUUAAUAAAAAAAUAUGUUAAAAAUAUUGGAGGUUAUUGGAGACGAUGGUCAAAACAUAGAGAAAAGACAUUUGAAACAUGGCAAAAUAAUCGACUAAAUUUAAAAAAUUUUAAAAAGGAAUUAAAACAAGAUGAUUUAAAUUUUAGAAUCCCUUUAACUUUUUUAAAAACUGAUUAUGAUUUUUUUCAAAAUAAUACUAAACUGGGAUCAACUUGUACUUCAAUAUUUUUACAAACAAUAUAUAGUAAUUCAACUAAAAAAUUUCAACCAUUUUUUGAAAAUUAUUAUUUUAAUAGAAAUACAAUUUCAAAAUUAACAAUAGCUCAUUUAGGUGAUACUCGUGCAAUAAUAGUUGAUAAAAAUGGAUUAGCAAAUGGAGUGACUGAUGAUCAUCAUCCACUGAACCCGCUUGAAAGUACAAGAUUAAGGAGAUAUGCAGCAAAUUUUUUUAUGACUGAUUCUUUUGGUGAAGAAAGAUUUAUAUCAUUAGCUAAUACAAGAUCAUUUGGAGAUAUAGAUUAUAAAGAAGUUGGAGUAACUGCAGAACCAGAUAUUAUACAAUUAAUAGUUGGUGAUUCAACUGAAAUUAAAAAACAGUUGACCCCAGAUGAAAUUCAAAAAUAUACAAUUGGAGGUCUUGGAGGUGAUGAAUGCUUUUUGGUGCUAUGUACUGAUGGAGUUACAAAUAUAUUAACAGAUCAAGAAAUAGCAGAUAUAAUAAUGACACAACAUAAAAAAUUAGGUAAUAAAGCAACUCCACAAAUUUGUGCUCAAGAAGUUAUUAAAUUUGUUGAAUUUGUUGGAGGUGAUGAUAAUGCAACUAUUUUAGUUAUAAGAUUAAAUGGUUGGGGAAAUUGGCCAAAUUUAGAUAGAACUGGAGAAUUAAGACAAAGUAGAUUAGAUGAUUUUAAUCCAAGACGUGGUGGAAGUGGUUAA